AUGGGUAUCGGAUACAAUGUCGGAGGCAAAGUUGCAUUGGUCACCGGCGCAGGAUCAGUGGACACCUUCGGUCGUGUCAAUAUAGUCAUCAACAAUGCAGGCAUUUUUGAGCCUCCUUGGUCAUCCUUUAGGAACCCGCCGGGGAUUUCUCCACAGUCCAGAGACCCUGUCGACGCUACAGUGGGAUCAUACCACAUUUUCAAUGUCAAUACCAUAGGUCCCAUCCGCCUAGCACAGAUGGCGGUGGCCUAUUGGCUGCAAAACAGGGACACCGAAGGCAACCUGCUCUGGGUUUCUAGCAUGGGAGGUUACGUCCACUCAAUCCAGACACCAUUCUACUUUGCGAGCAAGGCUGCUAUCCUGAGUGUGGUCAAAUCAUUGCAAGGUUUGAAGGAGCUUGUUGGUAUUAGGAACUCGGUGAUCUGCCCAGGGCCAACAAGAACUCCCUUGUUCGACCAGGAAUUUUGCAGAGAUCGUCUCCCUGUCAAUGAUCUUGCUUUAUCAACUGAGAAUCUAGCUGAUGCUAUGAUGAAGCUUCUUACCGAAGAGCAGUAUGGCAACGGAAAUAUCCUCGAGAUUAUGAUGACUGGUAGUAGAGAUCAUCCUCAGGUUCAUCAGAAAGAGGUUCAGCUGGAAGUUCUUUAUCCGACAGCCAGUCCCAUGGGUGCAGGCACAAAAGCCAUGGAAGAGGAAUUGAAUUUCAUGCGAAUGGUUGCCCAGCAGGGAAUGCGUUCAACCUGCGCACCGGAGGGAAAACAUUGA